AUGACUGAAGAUGACCAAGUGGCUGAGCUGUAUCGCAUGGGUCUGUUGUACGACGAUGAACAAGUUCGCGGUGAGGGUUUCAGUCUUGACAGCAUCAACCACCAAGAACCCAUCUACUCCAUCCGCGCCGCCAAACCAUCCCGCAAAUCCCGACGCUCCCAAAGUUUCAGCUUCAACCAGCCUCUGCAUCUAGACCUUUCCUUCACCGAUCUAGGCGGCGACCAAACCAUCGCCCAACUCCUCUCCUCUUCUGACGACGAUACUUCCCUUCCUGACUCGCAGAGCCCAUCACAGCGCACAUUUGCUCCCCUGCGCGUGAUAUACGAGCUCGACGGGUCACAGCCUUCCUUUGACGUCGACACGUCGCAGCCUCCAGACCUAAUCUCUGAUGAGAUACUCUCUGACUACGACUGCUUUUCCGACAGCGAACUAGACGAUGGGCCUCGGCAGCGCGAGGUCUUUGACAGUGCAGCGACUCCGACUUCUGAUGCUUGGGUGGUGCUGGGUGACGACUCGUAG